CUAAAAUAAACAACAGAUUACAAACAUCGAUAAAGUAUUGCAUAUUUAUUCAGAUCAAAGGUAGAGAGGGAAGAAACCGUUUAUAAGAAGACUUUUGAAUCCACUCAUCACUUGCACCUUCGGCAUCCUCUCAGCCAUAAGAUGAAGUCUGUGUUUCUACUCGUCUGCGCCGUGAUGACGACCCUGACUAACGCUGCUCCUCGCAGUUGUCCCUGGGGUUGGUCACACUACAACGGUCGCUGUUUCCGCUACAUGCCAUCACCAAUGGCAUGGGCUGUAGCAGAGAGGAACUGUCGGUCUCAGGAUGGAAACCUUGCAUCAGUGCACAGCUAUGCUGAGUUUGAUUUUAAGGGACUGAUAUCGAGGGCGACUCAUGGUAAUCCAGAAACAUGGCUUGGAGGCUCAGAUGCACAAUACGUAUCUGUUCCAGAGGCAGAGCCCGAUCACAUGACAGGGGAGGCAGCUUUUGAAGAGGCUUUCCCAGAAGCAGAGCAUGAGGAGGAAAUGACAGAGGAGGCACUGCUUCAAGAAGGGACUGAUAUCAAGGGCGACUCGUGGUCACCAGAAACAUGGCUUGGAGGCUCAGAUGCACAACACGAGGGUGUUUGGCUCUGGACUGACAGCUCACAUUUCACUUUCACUCACUUUUGUCGAGGAGAGCCAAACAACUUUUUUAACCAGCACUGUCUUCAGAUGAACUAUGGAGGUGGAAAGUGCUGGGACGAUGUCUGGUGUGACAAACAUCGCCCGUCCGUCUGUGCCAAGAGAAUCUGAUCAUCCAUGAGAACAACUUCUUCAGUUCAGUUUCAUAUUUAGCCUUAAGUUUACUAUCUCAUGUCUUAGUUUUGUAACUUUUACUGUAAUGCUUCAGAAAUGAAGAACAAGUGAUCAAUGUGUAAUGGAGAAAAAAACAACGUAUUUUGUACUUUCUUAUUGUGAAAAGUGAACUUGUCUUUCUUGUAUUGAGAAAAAAUAAAAGCCACAAG